CACAAUGAGAAACGAGAGAUUGUUAUGGCAGGACAUGUAAUGACAGGCGGCGCUGGUAACCAACCGCUGGGAUGAUGUAGUUGAGCAUCUUUAGAUGCGUCCUGUUGGUACCUGGGAACAGCGACUUCCCCGAGACCCAGCCCAUCAUCUCCAGUCCCUGCUACUCAUGUGACCAGGCAUCUGCUCGGACAAAGGAGGCGCGUUGGAAGCACUUUCUCUCUUCUCGGGCUACCAGAAGAAAGGAGAACACUCCCCACACUCCGGAAUCAGUCGCUCAUACACACGCCACGAGUCCAAGGCUCAAGCGACUGCACACAGCCCGUUUAACUUGUCAUCAACUUUCCGGCUGAAGAAGCGAUGGUUACUUGUGCUUGGCCGAUGUGUGCGGGGCAACAUAGACGCUCGCAUGCGUGGGGUUAACUCCUUCAGCACAUAGAUGUUUAUAUAUUUACACAAAUUAUCUCUCCCCACUGUUUAAACGCUUUUAAUGGCUACGGCUGUUAUUGCCAGCACAAAAUGCCUGUCAUGAAAGGAUUGCUUGCGCCUCAGAACACCUUUUUGGACACAAUUGCUACACGAUUCGACGGAACUCACAGCAACUUUGUGCUGGGAAAUGCUCAGGUUCUGAACGUAUAUCCAAUAGUGUACUGCUCUGAUGGAUUCUGUGAAUUGACUGGCUAUGCCCGAGCAGAACUCAUGCAGAAGUCCUGUGCUUGCAAGUUCCUCUAUGGAGUAGAAACAAAUGAAGUCAUGAAAAUACAGAUUCAGAAAGCACUGGAUGAGAAGACUGAGUUCAAGACUGAGCUUAUAUUCUACAAGAAAAGUGGUGCAUCCUUUUGGUGUCUGUUAGAUAUUGUUCCAAUUAAGAAUGAAAAGGGAGAGGUUGUGCUGUUCCUGGCCUCACAUAAGGACAUUACUGAUAUCAAGAACAAUUUGGACCCUGAAAAAGCCCCGAGUACCGACGAAGAGAAUAACUUGGAAAUCGACAGAAACACGAGACCACCAGGGUUCAACGCUAACAGAAGAAGGAGCCGUGCUGUAUUGUACCAUUUGUCAGGACACUUACAGAAACAGGACAAGAGCAAGCUGAAGAAUGUCUUUGGAGAGAAACCUGCACUCCCAGAAUAUAAAGUUGCAGCUAUCCAGAAAUCCAGGUUUAUUCUGCUUCAUUACGGCACUUUCAAAGCUGGAUGGGACUGGUUGAUCCUCUUGGCAACAUUUUACGUUGCAGUGACUGUUCCAUACAACGUCUGCUUCAGCGCCGGCAGAGACGACCAUUCCGCUGCUUCAAGAAAUCCGCCCAGUGUGAGCGACAUCUUUGUAGAGAUCCUCUUCAUGCUUGACAUAAUACUGAAUUUUCGAACUACAUACGUCAGCAAGUCUGGGCAGGUUGUCUAUGAUUCUCGGUCAAUUUGUGUACAUUAUGCAACAACCUGGUUCUUCGUGGAUCUUAUAGCCGCACUUCCAUUUGACCUCCUCUAUGCAUUCAAUAUCAAUGUGUAUUUUGGUGUUCACCUGCUAAAGACGGUGCGUUUACUGCGACUACUGCGGCUGCUUCAGAAACUGGACCGCUACUCCCAAUACAGUGCCGUGGUGCUCACCCUCCUCAUGUCCAUGUUUGCUCUGAUCGCACACUGGAUGGCCUGCAUCUGGUACUUCAUUGGGCAGAAGGAAAUUGAAGUCAAUGACCUGUCCACCUGGGAGAUUGGUUGGCUUCACGAGUUGGCAAAGCGUUUGGGAACUCCGUAUGUAUACGUUUCAACACUGAGUGCCUCCACCACCCUGAACUCCACUCUUCAGAGCACCUCCAUUAACACCAGCUCUGGAGGUAAUAGUUCCAGUCUGGAGCUGCUGGGAGGUCCCUCAAUCCGAAGCUCCUACAUCACAUCACUCUACUUUGCACUCAGCAGCCUCACCAGUGUGGGCUUUGGAAAUGUGUCAGCUAACACAGAUGCUGAGAAAAUCUUUUCCAUUUGCACCAUGCUCAUAGGAGCUCUCAUGCACGCAGUGGUGUUUGGCAACGUGACUGCGAUAAUCCAGAGAAUGUAUUCUCGACGUUCCUUGUACCACACCAGGACUAAAGACUUGAAGGACUUCAUUCGUGUUCAUCGACUGCCCAAACAACUGAAGCAGCGAAUGCUCGAAUGUUUCCAAACCACAUGGUCUGUGAAUAGUGGGAUUGAUGCAAACGAGGUACAUAUCUCUAACUUUAUCUCUUAUAAACAUCGGGUUCUCUCAAUGAAUGUGAGUCUCCCUAUAGUUGUUGAAAGCACACUGGAUCAGUCCCUUGCACGAGGUUUGGAGAUGUUGGUGGUUACAAGUGCAAUUAGGGACACCGGCCAUACUCUCCAGCAGAGCAUGCUCGAGGGUAACGGCUCUCCAGUGAGGGCAUCCCAGCUCGAUGGUUGGCUUCACGAGUUGGCAAAGCGUUUGGGAACUCCGUAUGUAUACGUUUCAAACACUGAGUGCCUCCACCACCCUGAACUCCCUCUUCAGAGCACCUCCAUUAACACCAGCUCUGGAGGUAAUAGUUCCAGUCUGGAGCUGCUGGGAGGUCCUUCAAUCCGAAGCUCCUACAUCACAUUCACUCACUUUGCACUCAGCAGCCUCACCAGUGUGGUUGGAAAUGUGUCAGCUAACACAGAUGCUGAGAAAAUCUUUUCCAUUUGCACCAUGCUCAUAGGAGCUCUCAUGCACGCAGUGGUGUUUGGCAACGUGACUGCGAUAAUCCAGAGAAUGUAUUCUCGACGUUCCUUGUACCACACCAGGACUAAAGACUUGAAGGACUUCAUUCGUGUUCAUCGACUGCCCAAACAACUGAAGCAGCGAAUGCUCGAAUGUUUCCAAACCACAUGGUCUGUGAAUAGUGGUAUUGAUGCAAACGAGCUUCUGAAAGAUUUUCCUGACGAGCUACGGGCAGACAUUGCAAUGCACCUAAACAAAGAAAUCCUUCAGCUGCCUAUAUUUGAAUCAUCUAGCCGUGGGUGCCUUCGAUCUCUCUCCCUCAGCAUCAAAACCUCUUUCUGUGCCCCUGGGGAAUACCUCAUCCGCCAGGGCGAUGCUCUGCAAGCCAUCUACUUUGUCUGCUCAGGUUCCAUGGAGGUCCUGAAGGACAACACUGUGCUGGCCAUUCUAGGAAAAGGCGAUUUGAUUGGCUCCGACUUUCUGGCCAAGGACCAGGUGAUUAAGACUAAUGCCAAUGUGAAGGCUCUGACUUACUGUGACCUGCAGUACAUCAUUCUGAAGGGUUUGCGGGAGGUGCUAGAGCUAUAUCCAGAAUAUGCACAGAAAUUCAUUGAAGAUAUCCAACAUGACCUGACCUACAACCUGCGAGAAGGGAGUGACUCUGAUUUGGAAUAUGCACGCAACGGUGGCCUUAUCCAGAAGCUGCCCGCCAUCCAGGAGGAUGAAGAACUCGAAGAUGAUGAAAGCACACCCUUGUCUCCCAAUGCAAACAGUACUACAGGAAUGACGCCACCAACCAGUGCAUUGCACUCAUGUUCAGAGACAGACAAAGAGUUAUCCAAGCCAGCUGCCUCACCAAAUAACAGAAAGAAGAACUGCGGCAAAAGCAAACUUCCAAAUAACAAUGAGAGCAAGCCAUCCAAACUGCAAAUCCCUGCUGUAAACUCAUCUGCACCCUCCCAACUCAGCCCAAGGUUUGUGGAUGGAAUUGAAACUGGCAACAAUACACCGACUGGACAGACAUUUGAAUUCAAUGCCAAGCAGCUAAACGAAGAUAACUGCUAUUCUCAGUUAACCCCAGGAGAGGCGGAAGAGACCAAGCUACACAUCUGUAAACUUAACCGAGAGAUGCUGCACCUUUCUCAUCAGGUCACUCAGCUGAGUAAGGAAUUGCAGGACAUGAUGCUGCUUCUGAAACCUCUGCUGACCUGCCAUAGGUACGACCUUGCCUCCCCUGACCUUGUGCUGCACCCCAGCCCCUCAGCUCUGUACAGCAACAGCAGUGGAUUCAGCAGCACUGUGCGCUCACAGGCUCCCUCCGUGGCCCUGACUUGCCCGGUCUUGUUGAGGCCCAACUUUCCACAUCGAUGCUCGUGGCCCGAAAGUAACCUUGACCCGCCAAGGUCACCAGCACUGAAUUUGCAAGGACAGACGGUUCACGCUUCAUUGUCUCUCAGCUCCUUGAGGGAUCCAUCAGUUCACAGAGGCAGUGACCCGCACCUUCUGAAGCAGCCCAUGAAAGCCAACAGCUGCCUGUUACCUCAUCAACAAGCCCUGCAUGCAGAUUUAACGCCUUUUGCUUCUUCACCUCCCAGUACGUUGACAAAUUUAGAAGAGGAUAGUCAACCUGAUGAACCUAACAUCAUGGGACACGACACACUCAUGGCAAAACUCUCAUUGCAAGCAGAUGCUGGUUGCUCACCACAUAGAGUGGCUGAACAUCUGGGCAUAACAUUAAUGCCGGACCACCACAAGGGAGAUACGUGUUCUGUUGAGAUGGUCAGGACAUCCACUGAAGACUCUGGCAGCGACUCAAUUCAGUUCAUUGAUGAUGAUGGGACAAAUCUAUAAAUUCCUGGGGUUGAAGAAAUGUGGGUAUAGUUUGCCAGGUCUGUAACUUUUUAUGAAGAAUAUCACCACUUUUCAUUUUGAAUUAAAGUUUUGUUCUAAAAAUUCAGAAGUGAAAAUCAAAUGGAAAUCUUAUUCUUUGAUACAAUUUGCAAACAAAGGAACAAGAAUAUGCAACAGGGUAAAAUAACAAGUGAAAUAGAUUUCACUGUCGUGGGAAGGAACAAAGUUAAUGUCAAAUGUUGAACGGCAGAAAAGCAUGAACUCCCUUCAGAGAUUUGUUUCUUCACGCGUUCUUUUGAAGGAGCCAAAAUGUGUAUUGUACAGAAUACAUACUGCUAUGCGGUUGCAAGUGGCUGAAUGAUUAUAUAUAACAAAAAAAGGACUUAUUUUUCUACCUUUGUUACUUUAAAAAAAAAUCUUUAUACAGAUUACUUUUUCCUUUUUUUUGCAUAAUGGGAUAAGCUUGCAAGUUUUAAAAGAUCAAAUUAAAUACAUGUAAUAGAUACAUGUCAUUAUAUAUAUGUAUAUUUAUGCAUGAUGCAUGUAUUCCAGUUCAUCAUUAGCUGGGAAACUUGGAACUGAAGGUGUAUUUUAUUAAAGGCGAUGCACUCUGGUGAAAACUCAAAUCUAGUCCAUAUCAUUCAAACAAUGACUAGUUCCUGAGUAGGAACAGCAGUAAAGAGAUCAAAAUAGUUGCAUGCUUUAGAAAUAGAGUCAGUGCUAAAGGAAUCAAGGGAUAGAAACAUAGAAACAUAGAAAAUAGGUGCAGGAGGAGGCCAAUCGGCCCUUCAAGCCAGCAUUGCCAAUCAAUGUGAUCAUGGUUGAUCGGCCCCAAUCAAUAACCCAUGCCUGCCUUCUCCCCAUAUCCCUUAAUUCAACUAGCCCAUAGAACUCUAACUCUCUCUUAGAUCCAUCCAGUGAUUUGGCCUCCACUGCCGCCUGUAGCAGGGAAUUCCACAAAUUCAUAACACUCCGCAUGAAAAAGCUUUUUCUCACAGUCUUAAUUGGCCUCCCCUUUAUUCUAAAACAGUGGCCUCUGGUUCUGGACUCGCCUAACAUUUGGAACAUUUUUCCUGCAUCUAGCUUGUCCAGUCCUUUUAUAAUUUUAUAUCUUUCUAUAAGAUCCCCCUCAUCCUUCUGAACUCCAGUGAAUACAAGCCUAGUCUUUUCAAUCUUUCCUCAUAUGACAGUCCCGCCAUCCCAGGGAUCAAUCUCGUGAACCUACGCUGCACUGCCUCAAUCACAAGGAUGUAUUUCGUCAAAUUAGGAGACCAAAACUGUACACAAUACUCCAGAUGUGGUCUUACCAGAGCCCUAUACAACUGCAGAAGAACCUCUCUACUCCUAUACUGAAAUCCUCUUGUUAUGAAGGCCAACAUUCCAUUAGCUUUCUUCACUGCCUGCUGUACCUGCACGCCAACUUUCAGUGACUGGUGUACAAGAACACCCAGGUCUUGCUGUACCUCACCAUUACCUAACCUAACCCCAUUCAAAUAAUAAUCUGCCCCCCUUGUAUUUGCUGCCAAAGUAGGUAACCUUACAUUUAUCUAUAUUAUACUGCAUCUGCCACGCAUCUGCCCACUCACUCAACCUGUCCAGGUCACCCUGCAAUCUCCUAACAUGUUGACUUGGACUAAUCAUUUUACAGCUCAUCUACUUUACUUCUUAUACUUCACGCAUUCAUCUAUCUAUCUAUCUAUCUAUCUAUCUAUCUAUCUAUCU